UCACAUAGCAUUUCCACCCUCCCAUUUCACACUGUUAGCCUCGGAAAAAUAUUAUCCACUAUAACACUUUAUUCUCCAGCUAUUCCCAUUCAUAAAUUCCGCACUUGCCUUGUCUCUGGGGUGUCUAAAAAAAAAACUCCGUUUAGUCGUGGCGCGCUUGUUAAAGAUGUGCAUGGGAGGAACCCCUGAUACGGGUGCUCAAAGGUCUCGUGAGAUCGAGCGGUUGAUACGACAGGAUGAGAAGCGCAUGGCAAAGGAAGUUAAAUUAUUGCUCUUAGGAGCUGGCGAGAGUGGAAAGUCCACCAUUCUCAAGCAGAUGAAGCUGAUCCAUGCGUCUGGUUUUUCCAAAAACGACAGAGAUGAUUACCGCGUAAUAAUCUUCUCCAACUUGUUGAACUCGUUCAAGAUUAUCCUGGAAGCUAUGGAAUCGUACGAUUUGACAUUUCAGAACGACGAAAACGAAGCACAUGUUGAGCUGGUCAUCAUGGAGCGCGAAUUGGGCAGACAAGAACCUUUCCCUAAGGAGUACCAAAGGGCCUUUGAAAGUUUGUGGGCAGAUGGUGGUGUUCAGACAGCGGUGCACCGGGGGAAUGAGUUCGCGCUGCACGAUAAUUUGAAUUAUUUUUUUGAAUCGCUAGACCGGUUAUUUGUCCCCAACUACAUUCCGACUGAUCAAGAUAUUCUCCAUUCCAGAUUAAAGACCACUGGAAUAAGUGAGACAUUGUUUGACUUGGGUGCUUUGACAUACCGUAUGUUCGACGUUGGCGGGCAGCGAUCUGAGCGCAAGAAGUGGAUUCAUUGUUUUGAAAAUGUUACCGCCUUGUUAUUUUUGGUUGCAAUUAGUGGAUAUGACCAGUGUUUGGUCGAGGAUAAAGACGCUAAUCAAAUGCAAGAAGCUCUGAUGCUAUUUGAGAGUAUUUGCAAUUCGCAGUGGUUUGUCCAGACUUCAAUCAUUCUCUUUCUGAACAAGAUCGACUUGUUCAAGAAAAAGUUGCCGAAUUCACCGGUAAGGAAGUAUUUCCCCGACUACACUGGUGAUCCACAGUCAUACAAGCAUGCCUCGAUGUAUUUUGAGGAGAGCUUCAAGAGGUUAAAUCGAAGUUCUUCAAAGGAUAUCUAUGUUCAUUUUACAAACGCUACAGACACAAAUUUGCUCAAGAUCACGAUGUCCAGUGUUCAGGACAUGAUACUCCAGAAAAAUCUUCAAAAUCUGGUUCUGUAA